CUCGAUUCCAGAUUGUUGUUCUGUUGUCAAAGAUGGCCGACAGUUGAAAUUUGGUUUAAAUAUAUAAUGCCUGAUGGUGCUAUAAUCAUUUCCUCAAGUGUCUUAGUAAUAGUAUAGUAAAUGUAUAGUAAUAAUGCCGGGGCAAAUUAGUAUGACGACGAUGGGCGAUGCAGAAGUUUCUUUAUUUUCACUUGAACUUGUUGUUGAAAAGGUGUACAUUCCUCAUGUGCCAUGUCGUUUUCCUGCUAUUGCGUUCAGAUUGUUGGACUUUCCGACCAUAGUUAUAAAACAUGUAGAGGAUGAUUUGGGAAAAGCUAUUCGAAACAAAAUUGCUAUGGAUCCAUACUAUAAAAUACCUGAACAGUUUAUUGAAUUAAAAGAUAAACAUGGCAAUUUCAUGGUUAAAAAAGGAAAAUCCUGCUUAUUCAAAAUUUCUGCAGAAGUAUUAAAACAGCAUCUUUCACAGACACCUUUAUAUGUUAUGCUUAUUGAUCUUUUUCCUGAGGUACCAAAGCUAAUUGGAAAUAGUUCUGUACCUCUAAAUACAUUAAUUGAAUCUAUUUGUGUGGAUAUUGUAAAGCUAGGAUCAACAGUGCCUUCAGUACAUGGAGAUAAAGGUCUUUUCAAAGUUUAUAAUCUAAUGGGUAAAGAAAUAGGCUACUUUGUGCUUGGCUUUCGUCUACUUUGUUUAGGGCCAAGUUUGAUUCCACAUAUUCCAGACUCUGUAUUAUUUCAUCAGAAAAAUACAGCACUUGAAAAUAUAGAAAAUGAAAAUCUUAAGCAACAAAUUCAUCUAACUGAAGAGAAAAAUGAUAAUAAGCAUGCACUGAAAGACCACAAGCAUUCUUCAUCCAUGACAGAACCAAUGCAAAGAGAUGUACUUCUUCAAACUAUUGAAAUGGAAGACAAAGCUGUCCUUGUGUCUUUAGAAGAUAACAAAACUAAUGAAAAGAAAGAUAUACAUAUGAUGCAGACCAUUUCCACUCAAACUGAUAAAGUUAAAAAUAAGGAAGUAAAACAAAUACAAAAGAAAUGGCUUGAACAUUUUGACCAUCAAAAUGAUGAUGAUAUAAUUAUAAACAACAUAGUGUGUCCACCACCAAUGUUUUAUAACAGUGAAGCAUCACCUAUGAUAAAAAUUAUGAAACAGACCCCAGUAUCUCUUUUGCAUAAAGAUGACUCAUCUGUCACAGACUUAUCAGAGAUUGAAAGUUUUGAUGGUUAUGGUUUACAUAUCGGAAAGCCCAAGAAGAUAAAUACUGUUGAUACAGAUCUUAAAUUAGGUGUAAGUAACCCAUCUCCACCAAAGUUGCUGAUUCCUCAAGCAAGACCAGGGGAACACAUACAAGGAUUAUCAGUAGCACCAACUGCUGGGUCCAUUUUCCCUCUGUUAACAGCUCUAAUUAAUGAACUGUCAUAUAUUCAAAAUCCACAACUGCUACUAAAUUUGCAAAACCAAAUACAAGCAAGUGCCACCUUAAAAAAUCUUAAACCUAAAGAACAGGUUGUUGUAACUAAACCACAUGAUGAGCCAAAGGGAGAAAAGCUGUCUCCUUCUGUUGUUUCAGCAGUAGCUGCAGCACUAACUAAAAAGUUAGAAAAUUCUAAAGCAAAUGUGGAAAAAGACAAAAAAGAACUUGUUCAUGUUGGUAACAAUCAAAACAUAAUCAGCGCAGAAGAUAAAAGUACAAAAUCAAAACAAAGCCUGAUUAACAAAAACUUAAAAGGUAAACUUGUGUUUGGUAUGACAAAUACUCAACGAUUGAGAUUGCAAAAGACAAAUCCUCAAUGGUUGAAGCUUGCAGAGAAGGCAGCUGCUGAUCUUAAAACUAAAAAAAUUACCAGCUCACAAAAGCCACCAGAAAUAGAUGAAGUGAAUGCAACCACUUUUUCUGACACUCUGACUGAAAUUAGACGACUAGCUGAGAAAGAACUGCAUAAUACAGUAGGAGGAGACACUCUUUUAAAUGUUGCCAGUGAAGUAGAAAGUUUAGAACCAAAAAAAUAUCCUUCAAAGAAAAGAGCGCAAAAGAAAAAAUUAAAUGAGACCAGUGUUCUAGGCAAAGCAAGAACACACAAAGUUGGUGGUAAAACAAGAAGUGAAAUUUCUUUUAGUAAGAGCCAGGGAGAAAAACAAAUAUUUUCACCUUUGGAGAAUAAGAGCCCUCAAACAAAUGUGGAUGCUACUGAUGAUAAUGAUGAUCAAAUCAGCACCCACAGUGAUGUCUUGAGCUCUAGGAGUAGGUCCAUAGAGGUUCGUCUUCCUUCAGCAGAACCAGACAUCGAUAUUUCUUCUAGUGCUGAUGAAAGUGAUGAGGAAAUACCUUUACCAGAUGAUAGUGUGCAAGAAAAUAACAAAAUACAAGUUUUGAAUUUCCCUAGGUAUUUGUCCCAAGAGAAAUCUCUACCAGAUUCCAUUAAUGGUGAGCCUAAUGCUUCUUUAAAUGUUAGUGGAGCUCUUGAAGAAAACUCUCCCCUUGAGUCAACUCGCCAUUCUAAAAGCCUAACGUCUGACCAGAAUGAUUCAAGGGUGUUGCAGUCAACAGAAUAUGACACUCGCCAAUAUUUAUCAACAGAUGAACCUGAGCUACAAGGUUUAAUGAGUGAAGAUGGUAAUGUUUCAGAUGCCGCUGAGAGUGGCAGGAAGUCUGUCUCAAUAGUGAGGACAUCACAGAAAUUUCCUGUAAUUAACCCACAGUUGUCUGAAAAUUCUCCUGUGCCGUCCAUAAGAAGAUCUGCAGCAAAGUUUGACCCGUCUGCUUACAGUUACAUACCAUCCAUUGCUGACUCAAAGAAUAGAAUCUCACCCACCUCUCCCAGACCAUCCCCUCCUAAGAGUAAUGUUUCAAGUAGAACAAAGUCAGACCAAGCACCAAAAGCCCAGAACAAUCUGGCAGCUAGCCCAAAGCUUCCCAUAACACCCCGAUCUUUAGUCGCCAGUCCAAAAUAUCCCAUUCCUCGCCCACGAAAGCCUAUUAGAGAGUCCAUUCACACAGAUUCUUUAAGUUCUUAUAUGCCUUCUGAUCCUGACAAUGUCAUUGUAUCAUUAUCAAGCAACUCUGGAAACUAUUCAGAUGAUUUUCUACAGUUAGAAAGUGGAGAGAGUGCUGAUCCAUCUGUAGAGCAGUUCCCAAAGAUUAUUUCAAGUGCUAAGCUAGGAUACACCAUAACGUAAACAUAAAUCAUUGAAACAGAAGAAAGAACUACAACACUUUUUUAUUACCAUUGAUUAAAAAAUAUAGAGUAAUUAAACUUUUAACACAAUUUUUUUUUUCUAAAUGUAUUGUACUUAUAAUCCAUCAUAACAUUGUAUUAAUAUUAGCUCUAAACUUGAACCAAUAGGUUCCUACUAAAGUUUAUUACUUUCCUGUUCAGUGAAAUAUAUAAUAAUUAUAGACAAGCACCUUGAUAUUGUAAACAAUUUGUAAUAUUUUAAUAUUUAUAUUUAAAAUGUUAAUGUCUUCAUCUUACUUUUAGUUAUUAAAGCAUAGAAUAUUGUAUUCAUCUUUGUAUCACAAUAGUAUAUCACAACAUUAUAUUUGACUUAUUAGAACUAGUUUGAGGUCUAAUCUAUUAUUUGUCAUAAUUCAUAUCUUUUUAAAAUGUGCUUUUGUCUUCAAGUUUUUUUUAUGUAUAGUUAUCCUGUUGUGUCAGUAAAAAAAAAAAGUAUUUAGGUCUCCUUGCAUUUGUAUGUCACACUAAAAUAUAUAAUAACAGGCUCUGUACUGUAGAAAUCUGGAAGCUUUUAAGACAUUUUUCAUUUUGUUAUCUUUAGCAUGCAAUAUAUAUAGAGCAAAAAACAAAAUAAAGGUUACUUUGCCCUGUAUGAACAGAAAAAAAAUGGUCUGUCACAUUAUUUCCAAAGGUUUGUAUUUGAAUAAAAAAAAUAUUUUAUCUAUUCACCCUUUUUUCUUUUGUUA